UCAAUUGUAAGUACUGAAAUUUAUUCUUAAUAAUGUUUAAACAUGAAAGUAUAUUUAUAUUAUUAUUAAGUGUAUUAAAAUAUGCUUUAUGCGGUAAUUUGUUGGAGCAAAUAAAAUGGGACAGUAACAUUAUUGAAAAUUAUCUAAAGAAUAAUCCAAGUAUAAAAUUACCUAAAGACUACAUGAUAAGUGCUGCGGAGUCAAAGGAAAACUUUCAAGAAUUCGAAUUGGGUUUGCAAAAUGAAGACACGUACUUAAACAUAACUCAACUUAUCACAAAGUAUGGAUAUCCUGUAGAGAAACAUAGUGUGCAAACUUCCGACGGGUAUGUGUUAAAUGUAUUCAGAAUUCCAAGCAACGGUCGUCCUGUAUUUUUAAUGCAUGGUUUCGUGUCUAGUGCAGAUGAUUGGAUAACUCCAGGUGUUGACAGUGGUAUCGCCUAUCUUCUGGCUUCAAAAGGAUAUGACGUAUGGAUGGGAAACGCAAGGGGCAACAAACAUUCAAGAUACAACGUGAAUUUAAAGCCAACUCAAAAAGCGUUUUGGGAUUUCAGCUGGCAUGAAAUUGGGGUGAUUGAUUUACCGACCAUGAUCGAUUAUGUACUACAGAAAACUAACACUAAGCAACUUAGCUACAUAGGACAUUCUCAGGGGACGACUGCGUUUUUUGUAAUGUGCUCUCAAAAACCGGAAUACAAUGACAAAAUUAGAGUUAUGAUUGCAUUAUCAGCAGUCGCUUGGAUGUCGCACCUCGUAAGCCCCGUUAUGAGAUUACUAGUACCUUUUACACCAUAUAUACUUGGUGUAUCAGAAGCAGCACAUAUAUAUGAAAUAACACCAGAUACAAAAGCAUUUCAAGUCUUUCGCCAAGCAGUUUGUGGAAAUGAACUUCUAGCGAUUACUGUUUGCGUAAACUCAUAUUUUAUUGUCAGUGGUUUUGACUAUUCACAAAUUAAUUUUAAGCAAUUACCUGUAUUGUUUACUCAUAAUCCCACUAGUUCAUCCGUUAAACAAGCUACUCACUAUUCUCAGUUAAUCUCGUCUGGAACUUUCCGUCAAUAUGACUACGGAGCAUGGGGCAAUUUGCAUAAGUACAGAUCAGUCGUACCUCCAUCGUAUCCUGUGAAUAAAAUAUCAGCUCCAGUAGCUAUUUUUUACAGCGAAGGAGACUGGCUUUCGAGUGUCUCGGAUGUUAAUAUUUUGCGAUCAAAACUUCCAAAUGUCGUAGAGUUUUACAAAGUCCCUUUAAAAUAUUUUAAUCAUUAUGAUUUUAUAUGGGCUAAAGAUAUAAAAACACUAAUACUUCCGAGAAUGUUAGAGCUUCUUGAAAAGUAUAACUAAGUUUCUAAAUUCUUACUGUAAUGACUUCAUAACUAUCAAAAUGUAUACUUCGGCUUUUAUAUCGUCUUUAUAAUUUUUAGAUACACUAGACGUAUAUUCAGUUAAUACAAUUGCUAAUUAUUAUUUAAUACACAUACAACAUACAACAUAUUUAAUCAAUCAACUAUGCCGCCUGUCAUGAUGUUAAAUAAUCAUUGCAAUAAUUUUCGAGCAGGAGAACAUUUUCCAAGCCUCGACAAAUAAAGUGUUUUUG